GCGCGCCAGGAGGAAGCAAGGCAGGAGAAAGGAAGCUUGAAGUCAAGAUGGAGACUGCUAGUUGCUCCGCCGCCGCCGCGAAUGGGGCCGUGGGGUCGCAGCGGGACCGGAGCCUGGUGCCUGAGCGGCUUCAGAGACGAGAGCAAGAGCGUCAACUGGAGGUGGAAAGGCGGAAGCAAAAGCGGCAGAACCAGGAGGUGGAGGAGGAGAAGAGCGACUUUUUCGCUGCCGCCUUCGCUCGGGAGCGAGCGGCCGUGGAAGAGCUUCUGGAGGGCGGAGAAUCCAUGGAACGGCUGGAGGAGGCGGCCGCUCGGCUCCAGGGCCUGCAGAAACUUGUCAACGACUCGGUUUUGUUCCUGGCCGCCUACGACCUGCGGCAGGGACAGGAGGCGCUGACGCGGCUACAGACGACCCUGGCCGAGCGGCGCCAGGAGCUGCAGCCCAAGAAGCGUUUCGCUUUCAAGACCCGGAGGAAGGACGCUGCUUCGGCCGCCAAAGUAGACUCCGCUCCUGGAGCCCCGGCGGCAGAAGGCAUCCUGGCCUCCCCGCCGCCCUUGAAGGAGGAGGGAGGCAUCGGCUCCAGCUGGGUCUUCGGCUUCUCCAACGUGGAGUCCCAAGUCUUGGAGAAGAGGGCAGGGGAGCUGCACCAGCGUGACGUUCUUUUGACCGAACUGAGCAAAUGCACAGUCAGACUGUAUGGCAAUCCCAACACCCUGCGGCUGGCCAAAGCCCGAAGUUGCACGGUGCUCUGCGGCCCAGUGUCCACCUCUGUGUUCCUGGAGGACUGCAGUGAUUGCGUGCUGGCCGUGGCCUGCCAACAGCUGCGCGUACACACUACGAGAGACACCCGCAUCUUCUUGCAGGUGACCAGUAGGGCCAUCGUGGAAGACUGUAGCGGGAUCCAGUUCGCCCCUUAUACCUGGAGCUACCCGGGUAUCGACAAGGACUUCGAGGGCUCUGGUUUAGAUAGGAGCAAAAAUAACUGGAACGACGUCGACGAUUUUAACUGGCUGGCCCGGGAUAUGGCGUCCCCAAACUGGAGUAUUCUUCCUGAAGAGGAGCGAAUGGUCCAGUGGGACUAAGCAGUUGUCACUAUAUUCCUCACUCCUACCAAAUACUUCCCAUGUGGGACCGACUCCUGCUACUGGGAUCUCAAAGUUUACUUACUGUUAUCACGCUUUGUAUGUUUUCGGUAUUUUCAGCCUUGAGAUUGUGUUAGGCUCCUACUUGUGAUUUCCGUUAAAUUCACGACCGGUCUAACACUUUGAAGCAUUUUUGCUCUUUUGGUAAUGUGUAGUAGCUUUAAUUAAUUGACUAUGAUAGUUUGAAACAGAGGUAAAGAGUGUCCGUGUAGGUUGGUUAUUAAUGCUUUGUGUAUUUAAAACUUACUGCAUGAUAAAGUAGACCCUCAAUAAAUACUUAAUAAAUGAAUUUGUAGGGCUCUAGUAGGAGGCAGUUAAUGUGGAAGUAUGUUAUCAAACCUGAAAACACUAGCCCUUGAGUGCUCUUGACUUGAAACUUUCACUUCCAUAGGUAUUACUCAGCAGGGCAGUGGAAAGACUCUGGUCUUCAGGUACACAUUAGCUUGGGCUUCCGGAAUCCAGCUACUCAUCGACUUGUUUGGAUCCAAAGUUUUGGCAUUGACCCCAGGAGACUCAUGAGGCUUACCAACUGUGAAACCAAAAUAAUUAUAGCUACCAAAUUUUU